AUGGAGACAGAUAUGCGUUCCCAGAAUUUGUACAACGCCAGUAUGCAAGACGCUUAUAACCAAUUGAUCUCUGAGAGAAACGAGGACCGCGCAGUUCAAUUUAACGUAUCUGGAAGUGACGAAGAUGACGACGACGACAACUUCAGCGACCAAAUCAGCGAGGACUUCUCCAAUGACAUUUUGGAGCUCAGCGAUCGGUCCAGCCAUGGAAAAUCGGAUCUUGACGAUUACUACGAACAGUUCAAGACGUCCUUGAUGCACGACAAGUGGCUGGAGCCCGAAGAAGACGAUGACUACGAGGAUAAGGACUACACAGAGGAAGCAGAUCGCAGUUUCAUACUGGAAAGUGACGAACCCGGCACGGACUCGUGGGACAGCGAUAGCCGUACAAAGUGGCAGGUUCCUGUACCGAGAGCUCGAGGAUUGAGCGCGCUAGCGCUCGUGUUGCUGGUUUUAGCAUUGACGCUGAUCUGGAAACCGAGAUUUUCCACUCAUGGAUCUCAAAAUUCUGGCAUUGACGUGCCUCAGACGUCCAAUAACGCUCAGCUGCGUGCUCAACUAAACAGUCUGUACCGCGAGCUUCAAGAAGACCGUAAGAAUGCCAAAAGAGAGCUGGAAAACGCGAUUCGAUUGGUUGUUUUACAAGUGGAAAAAAACAUCAAGAAACUACUGCCAAAGGAUAUUUCCUCUGUACAAUCGCAAUUGCAGCGACUUGACAGCCAGGUCCAGGACAUGUCCCGCAGCGUCAGCUUGACCAACGUGUCCGAAUGGCAGGACCUGCUGGUUUCCGAGCUGGAGCAGCUACUGCCCGAACAAAUUCCUGUUGUGCUAAACAACUCCACAAGCGCGCUAAUGGUUGUUCCGGAGCUACACCGAUACCUGGCUCAAUUGAUACCUCGGAUCGUAAACAAAACCGCUUCUGUGGAGUCCACUCAGCCCUUCAGCUACGACGCGGGCCAGUACGUGCGCGAAAUCCUUCGGGAUGAGUAUCAUUACGUCGACAAGACGUUUUUCUUGCACGAAUUGGACCAGGCACUGAAAUCCAAUAAGGAAGGCAUUCUGCGCGAAAUGGAGUCGCGCAUUUCGACUUUGGAGAACGUGCCGCAGCAGUAUUCCAACGUUCUGCAACGUAAGCUCAUCCACAAGAUCUACAAUGCCAAUCAACACCAGUGGCAGGACGACGUCGACUUCGCCACUGCUGCACAGGGUACCCGUCUAAUUAAUCAUCUGUGCUCCAAAACGUUUGAAGGUCUUCCAGGCAUUCCGCCCAAUGGGGUGUCUCCGCUGGACCUGCUGGCAGACACUCAGCCCGCUCCUUCUACAUACUGGCUGUGCAGCGAAAAGAAUUCGAAACAGUGUUCCUGGGCUGUGCGAUUUGCACAGCCACUGUAUUUGACGCGCGUAUCCUACGUGCACGGUCGUUUCACCAACAACCUACAUUUGAUGAACUCAGCACCAAGCACUAUUUCGAUUUACGUCAAGUUGCAGUCGUCUAAUAAUGCAGAGUUCAAACGUACUGCGACUCAGAACGGCCACGGUUCCACCUGGACGAGGGACAAAUCGUUUAUUGAGAUAGGAUCGUGGAAUUACGACAACAGCGACCCCCACAUCCGUCAGAGUUUCCCUCUGCCACCGUGGUUCAUACAAUCUAAGCCCCAGAUUCGCGCUCUGGCGUUGCUUGUGCGUUCCAACUACGGCAACGCCCACUACACAGCGCUUCGCAAGUUCGUCGUAAAUGCUGUUACUGUUCAAGACCUACACUUAAGCUCUACCUACGUGCAGCCGCACCAAUUUGAAAUCCCAGAAUACGCGUCGCCUAUUGAAGACUCUGCUAAACUGCGAGCAUCUCAGGUCGCAACCUGGCAGCUUCGCAACAAUCCCUUAUCCUCUGAUCUUAACAAUAAUGUUCCUUCAUUUGGGCAAGAUGAAUUCGACGACAACUAG